AUGGCCACUGCAACAAAAUUCGAUGUCACGGAUCCUCGUGUGCAGAGGAAGAAAGUCAUGAUUAAACAACUCAGGGCAAUGUAUGCAGAUCUGAAGCAAUUCAAACCCUCUUCUUUGAAUGAGAGCUACCUCGAACGGUUUAACAUCAAACUUCUCCCCCUUGAUCUUGUCCAACCGGCGAAAUCCGGCCCUUGUUUCUAUAAACCCAUGAGUGAAGACACACUCUCGACAAAUGAAAAGGAUUACAUUUCCUCUCCUGAUCCAGAAGAUGGGUUCGAUAGCAGGGCCCUUCAUGUGGGCAUUAACCUGGGUCGAGCUUGUCUAGAUGGUAGCACUGACUGGAAAACAGGGCCGAUAGGUGCAUGCUAUGAGGGAAACCCCGGAUCCGCCAUUAUUGGCAAUGUGGCUAGUGGAGCACAUUACGAUUGGGGAGUGGAUGAGCAGGUUGUGGCCUGGUCCAACGCAAUUCCGCAUUGCAAAUUCCAAAUCCACCAUGACACCGCAGCUGAGGAACGGCUGAGACCCAGUGAAGUUCUUCCCAUUCUUGCUGUGAUGCGAUGGAGGAUGGGUCUAUGGCGAUAUCUGCCACACGAGAUAUUCCCGGUAGGCAGCGUUGCGAUGAUGACAAUGCUAGUGAUCUGUAUAACUGACUGA